GUGAAUCAGAUGGUUGGUGAUUAUUUCUUCACUUGCGAUAGCAUAUGGUUAGCCGACCAAAUGGAUGCCUCUGGCAACGUUUACAUUUAUUACUUUGAUCAGCCAUCUAGUGUUAAUCCAUGGCCGAAAUGGACAGGCGUAAUGCAUGGUUACGAAAUAGAAUAUGUGUUUGGUGCACCAGUUUACAAUUUUUCUGCUGGCUAUACGAGGGCAGAAAAAUUGUUUAGCGAGAAAAUUGUGGAAUAUUGGAAAAGCUUUGCAAUAUAUGGGUUUGUUUAA